CCCCUCUUCAUCUCACAGUUUAAGGCCAUCACUAAUACAUUUCAUCUAAAACUACCCCAAACACACUGUGAACGCCCGCAUCGGCCACUCACUCACCCCUCAGACGCCGUAACAAGUGAAAUGAGUAGCGAGUGUUGUGCGGCCGACGAAUCGGUACCGUUUGUGGCUAUUUGUCCGAAACAACGGAUCGGUUCACGUCUACCGCGGAUGAGCUCUUCGUCGUCGUCCGCGGCGGCCGUCGGAAGCGAUUCGCGAAGAAGUGGUGGCGACUCGUCGGCCAUUCCUCGCCCUCACAAACACAUCCACAACAAUAACAACACAUCUCUUAACCAUAAUAUCAAUAAUAAUAACGAAUUGUUUCAUAAAAGACAUAUUGUCUGCAAUGAAGACCACAACCACUCAAACACUGUUCCCAAUAAUCAUAAUAAAAGUAUGAAUAGAAGAAUGGAUUCAUUUGAUGGAAACAAUUGCGAGACAAAUGUUGGCACGAAUUGCAUUAAAACGACGACUUCUUUAUGCAAAUCUCAAAGUCUUAAUGAAAUUCAAUACGAAAACAGCGAAUAUCUAUCGAAAGUGAAUGUAUUGUCCAAUGGAUGCGAUUCUCAAAAGGCGUUUAGUUUUGAACAAUUGGACGAAGAAUUCGCGAAUUCGAGGACCCGUUCAUCGAAUUUAACCAAAGAUAAGCUUAACUCUGAUCUCAAUCUGAUGGAGAUGUCUGUGGACGAGAGCAGUACCGCAUCGUUAGGCCUUUUACCCAAUAUAUUGUCGUCGUUAUCGCCUUUCGAUGCCUUUAAUCAAAACAUUCCGUUUGUUUCAAUUGAAUCCGAUUUUAUGCUCCAAAACGAUAUGAAAGUGAAUAAUAGCGACACAAUUAGUGGCGCCACUGAAGACGACGACGACUCCGAAAACGGUAUUCCCGUCAUUCAAGAGGAAGAGUCGGACACCACUAUUACAAACGCGUGCGAAGAAUCUCACACUUCCCUCGAGACCAUUCAUCAGACGAACGGCUCAAACAAU